ACACUUGGUCCACAGAAUGCUUAGUAGAAGUUUUCAGCAAAGAGGCUGGAAUUCAUGAGCAAUAGAAUAAAUGUGUCUUUCAUAUAUUACUUCACCAGUCAGGUGGCCUCAGCAUUCGGAACCCUUUUCCUCUGCUGCCUGCACACUUCUUGCACUACUUUCAGAAGUCAAGAAAUGCUUAAAUAAAGAGAAACUUGUUCCAUGACAGAAAAGGUCAUUUCUUCUGGCCAGGCAUUUGGGAAGGAGACAGGAAGCAUAUUAUUUUAAAGGUGGAAGAGCGGCGCUGCCCCCCUCUCCAGCUGCCACCUGCCAAGAUGGUGCUAUCGGCCUGCCGGGGGGUGCUGCCCCUGGCUGCCCUAGCACUGCUCCUGCUCGUCUGCCUGGCUCCCGAUGGUUCAAAAGGGAAUAAACUUAAGCUGAUGCUUCAAAAACGCGAAGCUCCUGCACCAGCUAAGACUGAGGUGUCAGUAAAAGAAAAUACGGCCAAGGAGUUCUUAAGCAGCCUGAAACGCCAGAAGCGCCAACUGUGGGACAGGACUCAACCCGAUGUGCAGCAGUGGUAUCAGCAAUUCCUCUACUUGGGAUUUGAUGAAGCCAAAUUUGAAGACGACGUCUCCUACUGGACAAACCUGGGACGUGGUGGCAAUGAAUAUUAUGGAUAUUAUGGAGGCUACUACCAGAACCAUUUUGAUGAAGAUGCACCUAUUGGGCCCCGAAACCCACACACCUUCAGGCAUGGAGCAAAUGUCAACUACGACGAUUAUUAACCUUGUUUAUUCUACUGUAACUAAGAAUUGUAUGUCUGUAUCGGAUUGAGCUAAGCCCUAGCCUCACUAACUCACAUUCUCUCUCUCCCUCUACCCUCUUUUUUUUUUAUAGUAGCCAUUUGUUGUAAACAAGGAGAAGAAAGAAACUGUCUAGCACAGAAGCCUAUUUGGAAUGGGCUUCUAUAAAUACUUAAUAGUACACUAUGUAUAAGAGUUAGAAUUAAAGUCUUUUGGUAGAAUAA